AUGUGUGGUACCCAAGGGUAUACCUCCGUUUCUGUACUCUGUACUCCCGCAACCCCAUCAGACCAAAAGAAGAAAAAGAGCCCCACCUUCAGUCAAACCCACCGUCGAACCAACCUACGCAAAGAACCCCUCCCUCCCUCUCCUCAAAAGCCCAAGCCAUCACCACCGGACAUUCCCCUCCUUUUUAGAAACGUCCUAGUACAUGUCUCUGUUCGGUCUGCAUUUGUUACAAGUCCGGGUGUCGACUGGCUCAUUGCAGAUCUAAGCGCUGGACUGCUCCACGGCAUCGUGACAUCUCGCGAUUUCCUUUGCCGGACACUGGUUCUGUGGUGGUCUGCUAUAAUUAGCACGGUCGUCCAACGGACGAGUCGAGUCGUGCUCACACCAGUCAUCACUUCGGGCCCGGCGCCUCCAGCUGGCGCACCACCGCCAUCACCGUGGCUCACUCUCUUCUCUCUUUUCCAUCACCCCCCAAAAAUUCCACUGGGCCCUUGUCCCGACCAGCUUUGCCCCUUCCGCCCUGCAUCCAACCCUUCCCCCUCAUGGUCGCGAUUCUCGACCCAGUCCUGA